AUGAAAUCCGACGGCAAGGACAACACUGGCCCUGCCCAGAACCUCCUUGGGGCCUCGCAGAAUCCCCAUGACGAUAACGCUGCUCCUUAUGCUCCCGGCAAGCCCUCCGGCAAAGGACCGUCACACUCCGGUCCCACGAGUUGUUUAAAGAUUCUAUCCACAAAAAUUCCCGAUAGCUGGGUGGCUCCUCUAUGUGGUGGUGCGGCAGGUGUGGCCUCCGGAAUCGUGACUUGUCCCCUCGAUGUCAUCAAAACCAAGUUGCAGGCUCAGGGUGGCUUUGCGCGACGAAACGGAGCUCAAAUGGAGACGAAGGCGUUGUAUCGUGGCAUGAUGGGCACUGGGAGGGUGAUAUUUCGAGAGGACGGAAUCCGUGGCUUGUAUCAGGGGCUCGGACCGAUGUUGAUGGGAUAUCUUCCUACAUGGGCAAUCUAUCUGGCUCUCUACGACACAACGCGCGACUACUAUUUCGAAAAGACAGAUAUCCUGACUAUCAUUACAGAAAAUUGGUGGAUGUCUCGUGGAUUGGCUUCCCUAACUGCUGGAGCCUGUUCGACAAUUGCUACAAAUCCCAUUUGGGUCAUCAAGACAAGGCUCAUGUCACAAAGCCUCAAACAGAAUCACGAGGGGGCAAGAGCCCCAUGGCAGUACUCAGGGACAAUUGAUGCCGUGACGAAAAUGUAUCGAGUGGAAGGCAUUCGUUCAUUUUAUUCCGGGAUGUUGCCUGCUCUUUUGGGCCUCACUCACGUGGCCAUUCAAUUUCCCCUCUACGAACAUCUGAAGUUGGCUUUCACUGGCUAUUCAAUUGGAGAGCACCCAGAUAAUGGGAGCUCCCACUGGCUGGGUAUCUCCCUCGCUACCUUCAUCAGCAAAGUAUGCGCAAGCACGCUCACCUACCCUCACGAGGUGUUACGGACCCGACUACAAACCCAGCAACGCAACGCACCAGCUCCAUCACAUGAAGAAAUUGCUUUCCGCGGUGGCCUGAAUCAUCCUCAUGAUCGCGGUCGGCCUGUAGCAUCAUCCUCAGACGGAAUGUAUCUUGGCCCUCGCUACAAUGGCGUCAUUCAGACAUGCAAGACCAUUUUACAUGAAGAAGGGUGGCGUGCAUUUUAUUCUGGGAUAGGCACCAACCUUAUCCGGGCCGUCCCUGCUGCAAUGACAACGAUGCUCACUUAUGAGUAUCUCCGAAAGUACAUGCAUAAAAUUCAACAAGAGGGCCGGGAUGAGAUCAGGAGGGCGAAUGGGGGCGACGGAUCAAUUAUGAUUUGUUGA